UGGUAGACCUUGUUCGUAUCCAAAGUAAAACAAUGAUUUUCGAACAAAUCGUCGACAAUGUCUGCCCUUUGGUCGUGGUACGCAUAGCACUUAUCACUUUGAUUGUGUGUUUGCUGUGCAAGCUUUAUUUUACGGGUAGUCGUUUGCCUCUUCCGCCAGGUCCAUAUGGCAUACCCAUAUUGGGCUAUUUGCCAUUUGUUGGCCAUGAUUUCCAUUUGCGUCUUACUGAAUUGGGCAAAAAAUAUGGCUCUAUAUACCAGAUUCAUCUUGGAACCAAACGAGUCGUAGUCAUUAACGAUGCUCGCUUAAUCAAAGAGGCAUUUCGUCAGCAAGUCUUCUCUGGUCGACCGGACACUGAAUUGACUCGUAUUCUUCAAGGCUAUGGUAUCGUCAACACUGAUGGUGCAUUGUGGAAAGAACAACGAGCUUUUUUGCAUUCAGUACUUCGUAAAUUGGGAGCCAAAAGUAUGAUUUUGGGACGCGAUUGUUUGGAACUUAAAAUAAGAUCUCAAGUGCAGAUAUUCCUCAAUGAUCUCAAAAGUACGAUUCGCAAUAAACAGUCGUCGAUAAAUAUCCGGCCAUAUCUAGCCUGUGCAGCAUCUAAUGUGAUAGGGUCACUAUUGAUGAGCAUGACGUUCAAAAGUUCGGAUCGUAAAUUUCGCCGAAUUAUCGAAUUAAUGGAAGAAGGAUUCCGUUUGUUUGCUAUCGCUAUGCCGGUCAAUUUUUUCCCAUUGUUUCGGUUUGUUCCAUUGGUCAAUUAUGCUUAUCGCAAGAUGCAAACUAAUCGCGAUGAAACUAGUGGCUAUUUUCAUGAAAUUGUCGAAGAACACCGUCAAACGUUAGAUCCGGAACAUAUUCGUGAUUUUGUAGAUGCCUAUUUAGUUCAACAUGACCGUAUUAAAGAAUCGGGGCAAGAUUCAUUUUUUUCCGAAAAACAACUGAUACAGGUGAUGAACGAUAUAUUCAGUGCUGGACUUGAAAAUGUUACCAGUACGAUCGAAUGGGCCGUUCUUUUUUUGAUGCUUAAUCCAAAAAUUCAACAACAAAUCCAAACCGAAAUUGACCAGGUGAUUGGUCAAGGUAAGGAGGCAAAAUUGGCUGAUCUCGAGCAAAUGCCUUAUAUGGAGGCUACAUUUUGGGAAAUUCUUCGCCGCAGUAACAUAGUUGCAUUAGGGAAUACACAUAGUACUUUGGAAGAUUCCUCGCUGGCCGGAUACUCAAUCCCAGCCACGACAAAUAUUCUUCCGAAUCUAUAUGCGAUCAACAUGGAUCCUGAAUUAUGGGAAAAUCCGGAAGAAUUUAAUCCGGAUCGUUUUCUCCGAAAUGGUCGUGUCCAUAGGCCAGAAUAUUUUAUUCCAUUUUCUGUUGGUCGACGAAUGUGCCUUGGCGAUAUAUUGACCAAAAUGGAAGUGUUUCUAUUUCUAACCAGUUUAUUGCAACAAUUCGAUUUAAAAGUUCCAGAUGGAGAACGACCACCUGAAGUUGCUAGCAUCGUAUCGGCAUCUAUGGCACCCAGGCCAUUUAAAGUUUCUCUUGUCGAAAGAUCAAACGGUUCUAUGUUCAAAUGAUCAAUUACCAUCAAAAUGACCCACCAACCCAUGGAUGUUCUUUCAAAUUUAGU